AUGACUGAUCGGGUACCAAACAACAAUGGAUCCAACACAAACAUUUCUCAAAAUCGAAAUGUUGAUGAUGAAUCUGAAAUUAUGUAUCCCUGCAAUUACUGUGACAAGGUAUUCCACUGUUGGCAAGCUCUAGGUGGGCAUCAAAAUGCUCACAAAAAAGAGCGUUUAUUGGCGAAAAAAGGAAAAAAUCAAGAACCUCAUUAUGAUCCUUUGGAUCCAUUUUCUUUACCUCCACCAACACCAAUCCCACAUCAAUAUAUGAUUUCAUCUCAUUAUCGAUCUUCAAUCCCUCGAUCACCAUAUUAUCCUGAUUCCUAUGAUCACCACUCUCAAUGGCGUAGCAGUUAUCAACACUCACCCCGAUAUCAACCAUAUCAUUACCCGCAACAUUUCCGUCAUUUUGGAGCUAAUGUGGGAUAUAUUCCACCCAGGGUUAACCCUGGCCCUAGGGUUUUAAGAAACUCUCUGUAUGGAUUAAUGCCUGUGAGCCAAAGAACUGAUCAGGCUUAUAAUAUUACUCAUAAUGUUGCUAGAGGCUGUGUAGAAACAAAUGAAAGGUUUAUGAGGUGGGUUAAUAGUCGUAACAAUGUUUAUGAGCAUGGAGCGUCUUGGAAGGAGAAUCAAGAGAAUGGUGAGAAGAAGAAGGAGAAUGAAGAAGAGGAGCUCGAUCUUACCCUUCGCCUUUGA